AUGGUUGUUUGGCCAUCACGCACUCGUGGAUACGGAAGCUGGAAUCUCAUCGAGAAGAUCAAGGGGCUCCCGCAGAGAUCUCCUUUACUUUUCCUUGAUCUAGAGGGUGUCAACCUCUCCCGUCAUGGUAACAUCUCGAUCCUCACUAUCUACGUGCUCCCGGAAGCUCGUGCCUACCUCGUUGACGUUCACAAACUUAACGCUGCCGCCUUUGUCACUGCCGACCCAGUCGGGACGACGUUGAAGGCCGUCCUCGAGUCCGCAGCCAUCACCAAGGUCUUCUUCGACGUGCGGAACGACUCUGACGCUCUCUUUGCCCCCUACGGCAUUGACCUCAAGGGCGUUGAAGACGUCCAGCUCAUGGAGAACGCAGCCCGUCCAAGUGGAUACCUACAUCUCAUCGACUUCGAGAGGGCGAUCGAAAGCUUCUCACCCAUCGCGCUGGCUGAGCAUCCGACCUGGCUCACUGUCAAGAAGAAUGGGAUGCGCCUCUGGCGCCCAAGCGAAGGCGGGACGUAUGAGGUCUUGAACCAGCACCCACUCAACGCAGAAGUGGCAAACUACUGCGUCAACAAUUUGCAGUUCCUCCCAGGGCUGCGCAACGAUUUUUGGCGAAGUCUUUCACCCUUUUGGAAGCCGCGGGUGGUGAACGUGACUGAGGCCAGAGUCCGAGGGUCGAAGGCGAGUGGAUAUGACCCCCAGUCGAAGGCGAAUAUAAUUGCGCCGUGGGAUUUCGAGGAGUUGGAUAAUGAGCUACCGGGGUGUAUUAUUACUGCUACUAUUCCUGCCGACAAACUCGCCAUUAUGGGGUACAGCCACGAUACUAUAUUUUCCUCGCCUGCUACUACCACUACCGUUACAGUUACUGCUACUAUUACUGCAGCAGCAAUCCCUAGCUCUUCCGACGUCGAUCUAUUUAUUACUCUAUUCACCCAAUUUCUCACUCUCCUCGAGCGCCUUUUUGAUAUCCUCACAAAAUCGAUUACCAACGGGCUUGAAACAAACUGGAUUAAUAGAGGGAUGUUUGGCCUUGCUAUUCUUACGGGACUACUCGGAACUCUCCAGCUAUUCAAGGAUACACAAUACUCCAAUAAUCGCUUAACGUCCCUUGAACAACAACUCCAGGCAUUACAACGACUACCGGGUCCUCAAGGCAUCAAGGGUCCUCAAGGUCCCGCUGGCUAAAUGGCUUACCAGGUGCUGCUGGAGUUAAUGGCUUGCCAGGUGCUGACGGAAACGUUUAUCUUUGACAUUCAACCAAGCAGGUUCUUAUGUCGGAAGCAAGUGUCGCACUCGUUUAUUAUUAUCUGCACAACUAUCGAUAAUAGGCACGGUCGGUACAUCUGGCUCUGUUAUGCACGCCGGAAGUACCUCUAGGGUCUAAGGUCUAAGGUCUAAGGUCUAAGGAGACUGCGGAUCAGGGCCUUAUUGUCCUCGCUUACAUGUGUCUAGCCAUCAAUUGAG